CUCUACACACCCGGAGCCACCGGAAGGCAGAGCCGACUCAAUGGCGAAUGGCGUGAGCAACAACAAACAGGCAGAAUGUUCACACCCACUUACAGCACUCUCCCACAGCGUCCCCUCCACCAGGGCCCUGUCACCCCACGAAGACAACCGGAAGGAGACCAUCCGCCACCGCAUCUUCCACCUCUUAGAGCAGCUGCGAGUGGAGAAGGGCAAGCGGGACGCCAACACCAUGGAUUACCUCAAACUGGUGGCCAAAGCUGACCGGCACCAGGCGCAGCAAGUCCGGCAGGUCUUUGAGAAAGUGAACCAGCGCACCUGUGCCACCAUCGCCCAGAUAGAACGAAGGCUCCGCCGAUACCACCAACAGCUGCAGGAGCUGGAGGAGGGCAGUCAGCCCAAGAGCUCCCAGCUGAAGGCCCCCUGCAGCCAGGCCCAGUGCCAGAUGCCGCCGCCCCACAACAAGGCCCACAACCCAACCAGGAAAGAGCGCCUGGCCACCAGACGGCCCAAGGUCACCCAGCCCAGCAAGCAGGGCACCCUGCAGAAGUCUGAGCAGGUUGUGCAGAAGAUGAAGGAGGAGCUGGCAGAGAUCAAGAAGGAGCACCUCGGCCUCCAGGUGUCCUGUGAGUGCCUCAAGGAGCAGCGCCAGGCCAACCUGCAGCUGGCACUGAAGACCCUGCAGGAGACCAACUACAGACAACAGCUGAUGGCGGAACAGGCGAACAACCACCUGCAGGGCUACCUGGAUGAGGUUUACUACCUCAAACAUACUCUAGCCUCCACCGAGGAGAAAAUGGCCUACCUGUCCUAUGAGAGAGCCAAGGAGAUUUGGGAGGUCAUGGAGACGUUCCAGAGCCGGGUCACUAAGCUGGAGAGCCUCCAGCAGGUGGCCCAGAAGGAGCUAGCGAAGCAGUUCUGGAGCCGGCCAAGGGAGUUCCUGCUCAAGUUCAUCAGCCUGCUCCUCACUCUGGCCACCAUCCUCUUGGUCUGCAUCUCCACCAUGUGCGCUUUCCCCUGGCCCUUCUUCAAGACGCGCCUGCGCAUGUGCGUCUCCCUCGUACUCAUAGGGCUCGGGGUGCUGAUUUGGCAGAAGCGGCAUGCCAUCCCUACCGCUGACUGGCAGGCUUGGGUUGCCUCUAAGUGGAGACUCUAUACCAGGGACCCCAAGCCUCUCGCAGAAGGAACGUAGAGUCUGGAAAGACCGCAGGCAGGACUUGUCUUUUGCUGGGUGUUGAGGGUCUCCCCCACCUCCACGCCCCCAAGAGUUCAGCUGCAGCCCCUUUCUGAGUCCAUAGCCCCGGCCCGCUGAGAGCCUCCCAAUUGCGCCGGCUCCCCAACAUUCAGGCUCCCCUCAAAGGACUGGGGAUGA